AUGUUUGUGGAGUCAGUUGUCCGGUGGGGUGCAUGGAGCGUCCUGGUCCUGUUUGGGCUUGGUGUAUCAGCAGGAGGUUGCCCUCCACGCUGUGUGUGUCGACCUGAAGCUAGAGCAGUGAUCUGCUCCGGCAAGUAUUUGAACUCUGUGCCGGAGGGCUUUUCCAAUGAUGCCAAGCGUUUGGAUUUAUCCCGCAAUAGGAUUAAGACUGUGGGACGCCGUCAGUUCUCUGGCCUUGUACAACUUCAAGAGUUGAACCUCAGUGAUAAUUUAAUCUCCAUGAUUGAAGUAGAGGCUUUCUUGGGCCUUAAGAAUCUCAGAACACUUCAGCUUAAGAAUAACCGCUUGAAGAUCCUCCCGGUCGGAGUCUUUUCCGGUCUGUCUAGUCUGCGCUUUUUGGAUUUAAGCCAGAAUGAGAUUCUGGUUUUCCUGGACUACACAUUCAAGGAAAUGGUCAACCUGCAAACGCUGGAGGCCGAGGAGAAUGACCUUGUCUUCAUUUCCCAACGAGCUUUCUUUGGACUGCAGAAUCUGCAAGAACUUUGUUUAGACCGCAGCAACCUGACCUCAAUUCCCACAGAGGCUUUGUCACAGCUCCAGAGCCUGACACAACUUCGAAUGCUCCGCCUCACCAUUUCUACAAUGCCCAACAAUGCUUUCCGACGGCUUCAAGGUUUGCAGAGCCUUGUCAUCUCUAACUGGCCAACAUUGGACUAUAUGGCUAGUAACAGUCUGAUUGGUCUUAAUUUAAGCUCACUUGUUAUCAGUAACUGCAACUUAAGUGCAGUUCCUUAUGCAGCACUUCGUCAUCUGGUGUAUCUGCGUUUUCUAGACUUGUCCUACAACCCCAUCACUAUUAUCCAAGGCAAUUUGCUAGGGGAUCUACUAAGACUCCAGGAGUUACACCUAGCAGGGGCAAGUCUGAUAAAAAUAGAGCCGGGAGCCUUCAGGGGACUGUCCUUUUUUCGCAUGCUAAAUGUAACAUCGAAUCAGCUCACCACUUUGGAGGAGAGUGCUUUCCAUUCAGUAGGAAACCUUCAGGUGUUGCGUUUGGAUGGGAAUCCCCUUGCAUGUGACUGUAGACUUCUUUGGGUGGUUCGUCGCAGGCUGCGGUUGAAUUUUGAUGGCCAUCAGCCCACUUGUUCCUCUCCUGAUGGGGUGAAACUGCGUGAAUUCAGAGACUUCUCAGAAAAGGAACUUCCCAGGAUUUUUACCUGCCGUCCUGCUCGUAUAAUGGACCGCAGGCCACAGGAGGCAAGGGUGGAAGAGGGUACCACUGUUCUGUUUUCCUGCAAGGCUGAUGGGGAUCCAUUCCCAUCCAUCACUUGGAUUUCAUCAAACAAGAAUGUAAUUUUUCCAACAGGAAGAGUCAGAGUUUUACCGAAUGGUACUCUAGAAGUGCGGUUUGCCCAAGUUCAGGACAGCGGCACGUAUCAGUGCCUGGCAGGCAAUGCAGCUGGCAACGACAGCCUGACGGUUGGUCUGUAUGUGAAGGGGGUUCCAGGAAACAGAUCCAUCUCGUUUUUCAUGGACGAAAGUUGGACUGAGCCUUCUAACCCCCAAGCCACCAACUCCUCAGCUCAAAUGACCAAGCCAUUCCCAUUUGAUUUAAAAACCCUGAUCAUUGCCACUACUAUGGGAUUCCUGUCUUUCCUAAGCUCAGUGGCCAUCUGCUUUGUUUUUAUGUUCUUCUGGAGCCAGAGCAAAGGUCAGAUCAAGCACACAGCAACUAUUGACUUUGUUCCUCGGUCUUCCAUGGGCGGAGGAGGAGAUGGAAGUGAAGGUGGCAGGUUCACAAUGAAACUCAUUUGAACCAAUGCAGGAUGAUGGAGAGGACUUGAAACUGAUUUGAGCUUUUCUGUAUUUUGAACUUCCACUGCUGUUUUUGGAGACAAAGUCCUGCAUUGAAAGGCA